UUGGAAAAGAAAACUGUCUUUCUUGCGGAGAACAAAACCAAUUAUGCCAUGGCAAGGUGGGUCUGAAUUUUCUUCUUCUACUGAGAUUCUUUUACCUCUGGUCAUCUCCCUCCAAAAUGCAACUUUUUUUAGCUUUUUCUUUUUCUUUUUUUUUUUUUUACUUUUUUUGUAACUGGGUUUUUAACUCUUGCGCUCGUGUUUCAUUAAGGUUGAGUAUCAAUUUGCCUUAUGAACUUACUCACGGUGAUCAACUAAGGCAUGCCCUGCAAUUUGUUUCGUUAAGAUUAUAAAAAUGAAAAGAAGGAUCCUGUCCUAAUAACAUAUAUAAUUGCAGGCAUGCCUUGGCCAUAUAUUUUACAUCUAGUGCUUCCUCACUGGCUACCGACUCUCUUUACUUUUUUUUUACUCAACUACUUUGGAAAUUAUGUGAUCUUGAUUGUCCAUAUUGUCUUUUUAUUUCUUUUUCUUUGACAUUUUGCACCCAAUACUGUAUAAGAAUCUUGCUUUAACUAUAUAAAAGAGAUAUUGAAGAGACAGUGUAAAGGAAAUAGUCAAGAAUCUUAAUAUCAAAUUAAUCAUGUUGCUUACUAGCGUUGCUUAAAGCAUAGGCUAAUUAUUACUGAAUCAUAGACUUUGCUUUCCAUAAUUUACGUUUAAUGACUCUGACAGUUGCCUAUACAUAUGUUGUCUGCCAAGGAUAUAUAUGAACUCAUCACAUUAGCAACUAAUUCAGAAUUUGAUUCUGUUGAAAAAGAAAAAAAGCAACGAUGUCUGCUUCUUCUAAAGCUACUGCUACUGCUACUUCCUUGUUACUGUCAAUUAUUAUUGCAGCUCUAGUUCUGAACCAAUCUGAAGCUCAACUAAGUACUACAUUCUAUGCUUCUACCUGCCCAAAUAUUACAUCCAUUGUCACUAAUGCUGUUCAACAGGCCUUUCAGUCUGAUUCCCGGAUUGGCGCUAGCCUCAUUCGCCUCCAUUUUCAUGAUUGCUUCGUUGAUGGUUGUGAUGCGUCUAUUUUGCUAGACAGCACUUCAAGCAUACAGAGUGAGAAAUUAGCUGGUCCUAACGUUAACUCCACUCGUGGUUUUGGUGUCGUUGACAAUAUAAAAACUGCUGCGGAAAGUUCUUGCCCCGGUGUAGUUUCCUGUGCUGACAUUCUUGCUCUCUCCGCAGAAGCUUCUGUUUCGUUGUCAGGAGGACCAUCCUGGAAUGUGUUAUUGGGAAGAAGAGACAGUCUAACAGCAAAUCAAGCUGGAGCAAAUACAUCUAUUCCUUCUCCUUUUGAAGGACUAAACAACAUUACUUCCAAGUUCACUGCUGUGGGUCUAAACACCAAUGAUCUCGUCGCAUUAUCAGGUGCACAUACAUUUGGACGUGCUCAAUGUCGAACCUUUAACAACAGGCUAUUCAAUUUCAGCAACACUGGAAAUCCUGACCCAACAUUGAACACAACAUACUUAGCCACUCUGCAACAAAUAUGUCCACAGAAUGGGAAUACAGCUGCUCUCGUCAAUCUUGACCCCACAACUCCAGAUACUUUUGACAAUAAUUACUUCACCAACUUGCAGAGUAAUCAGGGCCUUCUCCAAUCAGACCAGGAAUUAUUUUCGACAACCGGUGCUGCCACUGUAUCUAUUGUUAACAGCUUUGCUGGUAACCAGACUGCCUUCUUCCAGAGUUUUGUGCAGUCUAUGAUUAAUAUGGGAAACAUUAGUCCUUUAACAGGAAGCAAUGGAGAGAUAAGAGCAGACUGUAAGAAGGUCAAUGGAAGUUAGUUCUUGGAAAAUCAUGACAAAAGGUCAAUAGUAGUUAAUUUUUAUUUUAGUCUUUUUCUAUUUUCAGGAGUUCUUGCCGCUCAGUAGCGUGAGUCUGUAACCCAAGUGGGGGAGUAUUAGCAUUAAAAGAAGAAAAAAAUAGAAAAAGUUGAGGCUGUUAUGUUGAAGUGCUUAUAAACUGCAGGCUAGGCUCAGAGUUGUUAGCUUGUGGUCACACUUUGAAGAAAAGUCAAAGACAUUAUGAUCCUUAAUGGAUAAUAUAAUUUAUUUUAACAUAUAAUACAACUAGAUUACGGAUGAUUUCCACAAAUUCUUCCAAGGGCUUUUAAUGUAUAUAUUAUAUAUUAUUUUUA